CAUGCUGUUGCCCUGGUGACGGAAGCAAGCUAACCCGAAGCUGCAUCGUAAAGUUGACGUUUAGAAAGUUUGUUUGUAAGUGGAGACUCUGCGGUGUAGCAUUUUUAUAAAUUACCCAUUCAAGGCUGCCGGGGGGCUAGCAGUAAAACCCGAGGAAACCCCUGUUACUGCUUGGUAAGGGGUCAGGGUUUGUGUGUAUGUGUGUGUGUAGCGGGGAGUUGGCAAUUAAAACUUGCUGAGCAGCUAGCAGCAGCGCCACUACCGUUAAGCUACCUGCGCAGGAAAAUACGGAGAAUCUCGGAUAACGGGAGGUCUUCUCACAAGGUGUGCAAGAGAAAACCUGACCUUAGAAGAUGGUGAAAAAAAAAAAUGCCACAGGGCGUCACAGGUGCCCUUUCACAGACAAGACACAAAAGUCUGUUUCUCACAUCGCAAGCAGCAAAGACCUGAUCCAGCUGGAUGAUGAAGCUGAAAGUGACACCUCUGCAGCUCCUCCACAGCCCCACAUAACCAUUCAAAGCUGGCAGGGCUUCCCAGACAGAGUUUACCUGCUGGCAUCAGUAAUCUAUCAGAAUAACCAUCUGGAAAAGCCCGCUGCACAACGGUUAGUGAGUUAUGGCAAAGAAAGAGGACUCCGGUUACCUGAAGUCAAAGAUGAGGAGAUGCAUCGUGCAGCUUAUGAGAUGGCCUUCAGCACACUAAAAUUGUGCAGAGAGCAAACGCUACCUGCAGAGAAACUUUGGAAGCAGCUGUUCUUUAAUCCUAACAUGAUAGACGGGCAAGUGUUCCUGUGUCUCCAUCUCAUGCAUAUCGAAAAGGAGAGCCUGCUGUUCACAGAUGGGAAUGAUCAAGAACUGCUGGAGGACAUGAUGAUUGACAGCUGCUGUUAUCUUACUCAACCAAUGCCAGACGAACAGAUGAGCCUUGUUGCCGUCAUGCUCUAUGACUUCCAGAACAGGAAGUUCCUCCCUCGGGAAUGCAAGGUGGACGAGAUCGUACAGGAAGUUAGACAUGUGGAGGACUACCUCCUCAGGUUUAAAACCAAACUGGCUGCCUCUCUGGCCCGCUGCAGGAUCAAACAUGAUCUCUUGUCCAUUGAGUGUAUCCUGCCAGAGAGUGUGAAGAAGAAGCAGCAGAGGUCGAGCAAACUUCCACUUUACGCAUGGGUCAACACGCUGAAGAGCAGUCUUGAUGAGAUCCAGGGCGUCCUGAAGAGCGCAGGUUUCUCUCAGGUCAAAUCGAUUGGGCAGUUGGAGGGCCAGAGCUUCUGCCAGGAUCCCCACUGUGGGGAUAUACUGGUCUUCCCUGCACAGCUGAAAGCUCAGCUGUACUCCACCAAGCUGCUCAGCGAUCACAAACUCAUCAUCCAGGAUAAGUCAUGCAGCUUGGGCCCAAAUGCUGUGUGCUCCCUGCUACACGAGGAAGGAGAUGUUCUCAUGGUGGGCUCCUUCUCCGGCCUCACUGUCUCCCACACUGCUGCCCUAAUUGCAGAAAAGUAUAAAGCCAACAGCAUCAAUUGGCCCAGCGUCUACGUUUGUGUCAACAACUGCACAGAUGCUCAAAGGGAGGAGCUGGAGCUCACUGUCUCUGCAAUGGGCUGCAACAAUGUGAGACUGAUACUGGAGGAAUUCCAAUCUUUGCACACCGGUGACAAGCGACUUCAAAGAGUGCGCGUUAUCCUGUUGACCCCGAAGUGUUCUGUGUCUGCAGUUAGCAACCCAGUUGAUUUCAUACUACAAGAAAAUGGAGACACAGACCUGCUGCAGGACCUGUCCCAAGGCUCCAUAGCCCAAAGCAAACUGGAAUCCCUGGUAGCACAGCAGAGGAAGGAUAUUGAUCAUGCCUUGAUGUUCCCCAAAGUUUUGGCAGUAGUGUACUCCACGUGCUCGUCAUACCCAGAGGAAAAUGCGGACGUGGUUAGAAAAGCAUUGGAGCAAGCCCAGGCCCGUGCAGACCAGGAGGGGGAACCAAAACAAGCAAAGUUCAGGCCAAGCCCUUCCCCUUUCAUGUCCUCUGAGUAUCCAAAGGCCAUGGAUGAAACAGACAGUUUCUUCAUGCUGGAGCCAACAGAGCACACCAAUGGUUCCUUUCUGGCUGUUCUUACCAGAGUGCCUGAGCCAGUAGUCAAAGAGGCGCCAGACGAGGUAAUCGCCAGGGCAAAUGCAAAAGGCAUACUGGACAAACUGGGCUCCAACCACCUUACUAGAAAAGAACACCACGAAAACGGCAGCAGGAUGAAAAAAGCAGCCAGUGUUCGCGCUUCCCAGUCCCAGCUCUCUGUCAGCAUUCAGCUCAAGCAUCAUCAGACCAAGAGGAGUGACAGCGCUGUGCUCUGUGGACAUCAGGAUUUUACUAACAUGAAGCAGUCUUCACAAGAAAAACCCAAAUCACUGCGCUUGCAAGCCACAAAGGGCACCACAUCAAGCUCGUUCUCUUACUCCAGACCAGAAUGCAACAGCUCCUCCUGUUCCUCCUCCAAACUAGAAAAAAGCAGCUUACACACUGCUCCUGUCACCACCACUCUGCGUUAUUCUUCUUCUUCUGCCGCUCCUGCGGUCCCAGCGGCCCGCUCACGUGGACCUCAAAAGGAGGUGCUGAAACCUGUGCUCUUCGUCCUGCCUCCCGUUCACUUCCCCAACUUUUUUCCACCCCAGCACAGCCGAUUCAGAUUCAGCCCCAGCCUCAGCUGCAAGUGGGCUGACACAAACACAAAGAAGAGCAUAAAGAAGAGCUAGCCUUUGUAUCAAACGUCUAAUGAAAUAAAGCUAGCAGUGCCUAAAAACCUG